UGGUAAUAUCACUACACUCGGGUAGCGGGGUAGUAAAGUCACUGAUGUUUCAGGCGAUUCUGACAGUCAGAGAAGUGGAAGCGGUGUUGUAGAGAACGUCAAUUCAGAAAGAGCUUGCGUCGAUAGACAAUACUGAUGAAGCAAUAGCAGCUUAGUUGUAUUUUUCUUGUUUCAAUGACGAAUACAUUGAAGACUAAGGAAAAACUAGAUGUAAGAAGACGUCUCGUCGACAGAGUUUGUGCCUUACGCAUUUAUAUAAAACAAGGAAAUACGUUGCAUCAUCGCUAUUCAACAUGAAGUGCAUAAGGAUACACAACGGAAUGAGCGUGCAAAGUAGUGCUACUUGAAAAUAGUACAAACUAAUUGUCUGAUAUGCUACGCAGUAAAGUCCUGGAUUGUUCUACGGGUUCUUGUGUUCGAUAUUUUUCGACAGACUUACUACGCUUCUAGAGAUACAGACUUACUACGCUUCUAGAGAUCAAUAUUGUACGGACUCGUCGUGCUGUGCUGUAGAAAUUUGAAGUGUUGUUGUGCGUGUUUGUGUGUUUAAACAGCUGUCUCUCGAGAAAUACGUUGAUUUGGACAACUUCAUACAGUACGAAAUCCCUUGGGCAUCGCAGCAAUUCCUUGUUACCAUCGACGACCUGUGAAAAUGAAUGCAAUAAUUCGGAGUGUUACCGCUUUUGGUGGAAGAGAGAACAUGGUGAAAGAUUCUUUGAUGAGCCACUUAUCAGAAAGUGUGAAAGAUAUACAGCUUCAACACACUGAGCCUCAAGAUGCUGCAAAAAUUGUCAGUAACAAUGACACAACGAACUCACUGUGCACUGUACUAGAAGCUAUAUUCAUUCACGGCUUGAAAGAUACGUUCUUAAAUAGAGUAAGCCAGGCAAUCGGUGCAGAUCCUGACCAAAGACCUGAGCCAACGUUUUGGGGACCAUUAUUGGUUUUUUCUCAUCGCGAAAUAAUCGAUCAGGUAAAUUCGCUGAAUCUUGUUACAACAGAUGUCGGUCGUUGCAGAGUGUGGCUCCGUAUUGCAUUAAAUGACUGCUUGCUUUCAAGGUAUUUGGAAGCAAUGAGGCAAGAUGGAAGUGCCCUUAAACCUUACUAUCGAAGUUCUGCAUUUGUUCGUGAUGGUGAAAGGUUAGAUGUUGCUCAGCGAUUGAUUGAGGGAAUAGAAGGAAUUACUGCUACACUGGCAUGCAAUUCCAGUUUACUGAAUGUGUGGACCAAUACACCAUUGCUCCUUGCAGGCUUAUGGACACCACCAUUGCGGGCCUGUCCAGUAAUGUCUGGUGUUGACAUAGCUAGAACCCUAGAUGAUAAUUAUUGUAUACCGCCUGCAGCUGAGAAGUCACCUAAUACAUCAGUAUCACUGCCUGCAUCUCUUCAAGAAUCUGGAGUAAGCAACGUGUUACCACUUAGUGAAGAUGAAGCUUUGAAAAUAAUUUUAGGUACACCUGUUAAUGAUGCACCAAUUUCUGAAAGACUUAGGUUAGAAACAGAAAGGUCUAGAGAUGAAGACUCUGCAAAAAAGGUAAUAGAAGAUGAAAAUUUGGAAGGACAGAAAAAUGGAAAAGAUAUACCUGUGAGACCAAAUGAUACUAGUCAUACAGAAGAAGGUUGUGAAUCUUCAAGUGUUGGAAAUUCUUUGUUCGGAAGAGUUGGAUGGUCCUCUUCCUUUGAUGAGGUGAUGGAACAAGGUUCCUCUAAAAGACUAGAAGAAAGUACUACAAAUGAGAAGGAGAAUAUUGUUUCAAGGAGGACUUCUAGUGCAACAGUAGUGAUGCAUAGCAGGUUAAGAAGCCCAAGUGAAGUCCAAAGCUACCAUUCUUUGCUUGAAAGCUACAAUUUGCAAUAUGUCAAGACUCCAGAUAUGAGAGAAUUUCUCCAGCGCUUUGAAAAUUGCUCCAGUGAAGCUGUGAAUCCUGGAAAUGGCUCUGAUGAUCCGUACUCUGCACUCUAUGGAUUGGGAUUUGAAGUUGUUCCGAAGUCACCAACUUCACUGUUUGAUAUACCUGAAUUUACGUGUUUCGUUCAGCAGCUAGGGAAACUUGCAAGAGAAACUGGCCUCGAUGCACAAAAUUAUACUUGUAGAGGGUGUGGAAGUGCUGUUGGAAUUAAUGCUGGGAAAGCUAGGGUUUGCUCCUUCAGUGGGGGAUACUUCUGUUCUGAAUGCCAUGUAGGCGAAGAAUGGAUCAUUCCAGCGAGGGUAAUACAUAAUUGGGAUUUUCGAAGAUAUCCUGUUUCUGUAAAAUCUGCUGCAUUCUUGGCUGAUGUGCAGCAUCAUCCUCUUUUGGAUCUGAAAGUUCUGAAUCCACGGCUGUAUUUGGCAAUAGAAGAAAUGACUCAGCUUCAGAACUGAUCUGGAGCCAAGCUGUGGGAUUGGGCCUGAGAAGUAACAAGACUGUUAAGCUGCCAAACAUACUGGAAAUAACACAUGCAGCUUUUUCACACCUCACUGCCGAAAGUUGGUGGGAUAUAGAGCGGCUUAUCAUAAAUGAAGAAGAGAAAAUGCUGUGCCUGGUUGGCUUCGUGGUUUCUGUCAUUGGUAGGCUCUUUAUCAACAUAGCAGGUAACACUUCCAGAACUCAAAUGUAUUUCUCGGAUUCUGAUAAGGAAGGAGCUCAGAGAUUACCAGAUGACUGACUGUAAGUAGUACCUUCAGUGGCUUCAGUAUUUAACUAUAUGAUGAAAUCCUUCAGUACUCUCUUACGUUACACACAGCUUGUGUAGAAAAAAUUACCCUGUGGUUAAGUCAGGAAUUUUCAUCCUCCUUGUUUAUAAUUACAAUAGUACGUUAGCUAAAAACGAUAAUGUGUAGUGGUUUUCGUCUAGUCGUCUAAGGAGCGUAUUGUGGGAGAUAUGCAGUGUAUUAUUUCAUUCUGCUUAAAAAUUAAAUGACAACCAAUGCUGUAUUGCUCCUCUGCUCGUCUCUUUCUAUGUAUGCACUACAGCGGGCCACAUCACUGCAGGCUAGCUGUGCCAGCUGACAGGCCAGUGCUGUCCUAGUUAAAUGCAUUGGUAAAGUUGUUGUCCUGUAUUAUCGCUAAGUCAAUGUGCCCGUAACGCACAGCAAAAAACGUACUCUUAUUAUCGUACUUGACAGUACUUGAGACGACUUGGCUGCAAUCCCAUGUGAAAUGGAAAUCCAAUGAGGUUCCAGCAAAUGCGUAAGAAUACAUAGUGCAAUGUUCACAUCAGGUUUAUUCUUAUAAUGAAUGGAUUAUAGUACUGACUAUCAGCAAGUUAACAAUCUACACUGUGGCGGUAGACAUGGAAAAAAAAAAUUCAGGGUUUUUCUUCAAAAUGACAUACGUAUGAUAUCUGUACAGUAUUUGGUCCUUGUUCAAUAAAUAAUUGAAAAUGUUCCCGGACUUUAUGUGCACCCUGUAUAUAAUUAUAAUUAGUGCUGUAAUACAGUAAUGUAACGUUAUUUCACUGUUUUGCACUUAAAUUAAAUGUAUAUC